AUGGAGCAUUUUGUCGCACAACACACUGCGUUGCUUACGGCAUCGUGUCGUGCGCAUUUCAAAAGAGGCGUACGUACGCAGAUCGACGGCAAGAAGCGACUGUCGUUCCACGACGUACUGUCCACGUGUGGCCGGUUUGCGGAGGGCUUCAGGCGGCACGGUGUACACGCCGGAGACAGCGUGCUGGCACUUAUCCCAAACACCGUCGACGCCCUGGUGGGCGCCUGGGCGCUCAUCUUCAGCGGCGUUACGGUCGUCUUCCCAAACUCCCAGCGAACCGACGAUGAACUUCAGCACCAAGUCGAAGAUUGUGGCGCAACAUAUGUUCUUACCCAUUCUACACGCCUCAAUACAGUACGGAACAUCGACAAACACCGCCAGAUCAGGGUGGUGUUCUUGACGGACCGGGCAGAUGGCUACGUCUCCAUCCUGGACUUCUUCGACCUUUCGUGCGCCGAUCUGGAAGCCGUGUCUCUCGGCGACACCAGAGAAGUCGUGGCCGCCAUCGGCUACACGUCAGGCUCUACAGGAGCCCCCAAGGGCGUGGUAGUCACGCACUACAGCAUCGUUGCCAGCAUCUGCACGUUCAGGGCGUCGGAAUGCGUGGAUGAUGAAGACGUGUCCAUCAUCCCGCGGCAUCUGUCUCUAAUCAGCUCUUCUCGCAUCGCACUCACGUACCUGUGCCACGGAGUCACCGCCGUAAUAGGACAGCCCGAGCAAUCGGUGGACUGGCUCAUCUCCGUCUUCAACCAAUACAAGGUGUCCUUCAUCGUAGGGACGCCGCAGCUGCUGCAGCAACUGGCUAAUUGCGCCCUUCGCAAUGGCACUGCUGUGCCUUCGCUGCGCAAGAUGGCCUCGGUGGGCUACUGCCUUCCGGCAAGUACGCGGGACGCUGUGCUGCGCGCCUUCACACUCACCUGGCUGCGGCCGACCUACGGGUUGACCGAGGCCUGCGGCAUUGUUGCCGCCUUCGUCGAUGGCCAGUUCUCCUCCAGCAUUCUAGGCUAUCCAGGGCCCAUGGUGCAGAUGAAGGUCUUAGACCUGGAGUCAAACGAGCGGCUUCCACCUCGACGGCCCGGGGAGAUCGUCAUCAGGCUUCCCUGCAUGAUGAAGUGCUACCUCAACAAGCCAAGAAAAACUGCGGAAACGCUUGAUAAGGAAGGCUGGCUUCGAACCGGAGAUCUUGGCUACUACGACGAGCGCGGCCAAUUUUACCUGGUGGAGCGGCUCAAAGAUCUGGUCAAGUGCGGCGGCACACACGUCACCACGACGGAGCUGGAAGAAGCGCUCCUCGCUUCCUACGGGGUACUCGACGCAGCCGUGGUUGGUCGGCCGCACCCAGUCUACGGCGAGUCGCCCGUUGCAGCGGUAGUACUGAGGGACGAAGCCGACGCUACCGCAGACAACGCUCGGCGACUGCAGGAGAUGGUAGCCGCGAGGUUCCCGGCACACAUGCAUCUGAACGGCGGCGUUGUUUUCCUCGUCAAGAUACCCCGCGCUGGCAGCGGAAAGGUAGACAAGAGACUUCUCCGGGAAAUAUGCGCCGCCACCUCCACGGAAAACAAGAUGGACUGGCCUGUGAUUUCAUUCUGCGCUACUGGGACCGAAUGAAACUGGACCACUGCGUUGUCCGCGAACGGAACGCAGAGUUGCGUGACCAUUUUUUUGGCAUGUAAUUGCCAGGACCACUAGGCCCCCAAACCACAGAAUUAACAUGCUGAUAUGACACACUGGUGAACUACAAUUAUUAUAGUAAACAAGGAAUGCUUGGUUCUGCUAGCACUUCAUUUUGAGGCAUUCAUGCUGAAUUCUUGCCAUAUGUGACACACACCAAUGCAAGCAAGGGCAUUUGGGGAACGCGAA